AUGCCGGCACCUAAUGGCCGCCCGUGCGUCAGGCCAGCUAGAGGUCGCGGAGGCGACGAUGCUGGAGACGAAGAUGACGUCGGCGUGGGUGGAACCAGAGACGAGGAAGACGACGUCGUCGGCGGAACCAGAGACGAGGAAGAUGGCGUCGUCGGCGUGGGCGGAACUAGACACGAGGAAGACGACGUUGUCUGCGUGGGCGGAACCAGAGACGAGGAAGACGGCAUCGUCUGCGUGGGCGGAACCAGAGACGAGGAAGACGAUGUCGUCUGCGUGGGCGGAGUCACAGGAGCAGGCGGCUCGUCUGCCGGUGUGGGCGGAACCAGAGACGAGGAAGACGACGUCGUCGGCGUGGGCGGAGUCACAAGAGCAGGCAGCUUGUCUGCCGGCGUGGGCGGAGUCACAGGAGCAGGCGGCUCCUCUUCCAGCGUGGGCGAAGUCACAGGAGCAGGCGGCUUGUCUGCCGGCGUGGAUGGUGGCGAUGCUGGAGACGAAGAUGACGUCGGCGUGGGUGGAACCAGAGACGAGGAAGACGACGUCGUCGGCGGAACCAGAGACGAGGAAGAUGGCGUCGUCGGCGUGGGCGGAACUAGACACGAGGAAGACGACGUUGUCUGCGUGGGCAGAACCAGAGACGAGGAAGACGGCAUCGUCUGCGUGGGCGCAACCAGAGACGAGGAAGACGAUGUCGUCUGCGUGGGCGGAGUCACAGGAGCAGGCGGCUCGUCUGCCGGUGUGGGCGGAACCAGAGACGAGGAAGACGACGUCGUCGGCGUGGGCGGAGUCACAAGAGCAGGCAGCUUGUCUGCCGGCGUGGGCGGAGUCACAGGAGCAGGCGGCUCGUCUUCCAGCGUGGGCGAAGUCACAGGAGCAGGCGGCUUGUCUGCCGGCGUGGGCGGAGUCACAGGAGCAGGCGGCUCGUCUUCCAGCGUGGGCGAAGUCACAGGAGCAGGCGGCUUGUCUGCCGGCGUGGGCGGAGUCACAGGAGCAGGCGGCUCGUCUUCCAGCGUGGGCGAAGUCACAGGAGCAGGCGGCUUGUCUGCCGGCGUGGGCGGAGUCACAGGAGCAGGCGGCUCGUCUUCCAGCGUGGGCGAAGUCACAGGAGCAGGCGGCUUGUCUGCCGGCGUGGGCGGAGUCACAGGAGCAGGCGGCUCGUCUUCCAGCGUGGGCGAAGUCACAGGAGCAGGCGGCUUGUCUGCCGGCGUGGGCGGAGUCACAGGAGCAGGCGGCUCGUCUUCCAGCGUGGGCAAAGUCACAGGAGCAGGCGGCUUGUCUGCCGGCGUGGGCGGAGUCACAGGAGCAGGCGGCUCGUCUUCCAGCGUGGGCGAAGUCACAGGAGCAGGCGGCUUGUCUGCCGGCGUGGAUGGUGGCGAUGCUGGAGACGAAGAUGACGUCGGCGUGGGUGGAACCAGAGACGAGGAAGACGACGUCGUCGGCGGAACCAGAGACGAGGAAGAUGGCGUCGUCGGCGUGGGCGGAACUAGACACGAGGAAGACGACGUUGUCUGCGUGGGCGGAACCAGAGACGAGGAAGACGACGUCGUCGGCGGAACCAGAGACGAGGAAGAUGGCGUCGUCGGCGUGGGCGGAACUAGACACGAGGAAGACGACGUUGUCUGCGUGGGCGGAACCAGAGACGAGGAAGACGGCAUCGUCUGCGUGGGCGGAACCAGAGACGAGGAAGACGAUGUCGUCUGCGUGGGCGGAGUCACAGGAGCAGGCGGCUCGUCUGCCGGUGUGGGCGGAACCAGAGACGAGGAAGACGACGUCGUCGGCGGAACCAGAGACGAGGAAGAUGGCGUCGUCGGCGUGGGCAGAACCAGAGACGAGGAAGACGGCAUCGUCUGCGUGGGCGGAACCAGAGACGAGGAAGACGAUGUCGUCUGCGUGGGCGGAGUCACAGGAGCAGGCGGCUCGUCUGCCGGUGUGGGCGGAACCAGAGACGAGGAAGACGACGUCGUCGGCGUGGGCGGAGUCACAAGAGCAGGCAGCUUGUCUGCCGGCGUGGGCGGAGUCACAGGAGCAGGCGGCUCCUCUUCCAGCGUGGGCGAAGUCACAGGAGCAGGCGGCUUGUCUGCCGGCGUGGAUGGUGGCGAUGCUGGAGACGAAGAUGACGUCGGCGUGGGUGGAACCAGAGACGAGGAAGACGACGUCGUCGGCGGAACCAGAGACGAGGAAGAUGGCGUCGUCGGCGUGGGCGGAACUAGACACGAGGAAGACGACGUUGUCUGCGUGGGCAGAACCAGAGACGAGGAAGACGGCAUCGUCUGCGUGGGCGCAACCAGAGACGAGGAAGACGAUGUCGUCUGCGUGGGCGGAGUCACAGGAGCAGGCGGCUCGUCUGCCGGUGUGGGCGGAACCAGAGACGAGGAAGACGACGUCGUCGGCGUGGGCGGAGUCACAAGAGCAGGCAGCUUGUCUGCCGGCGUGGGCGGAGUCACAGGAGCAGGCGGCUCGUCUUCCAGCGUGGGCGAAGUCACAGGAGCAGGCGGCUUGUCUGCCGGCGUGGGCGGAGUCACAGGAGCAGGCGGCUCGUCUUCCAGCGUGGGCGAAGUCACAGGAGCAGGCGGCUUGUCUGCCGGCGUGGGCGGAGUCACAGGAGCAGGCGGCUCGUCUUCCAGCGUGGGCGAAGUCACAGGAGCAGGCGGCUUGUCUGCCGGCGUGGGCGGAGUCACAGGAGCAGGCGGCUCGUCUUCCAGCGUGGGCGAAGUCACAGGAGCAGGCGGCUUGUCUGCCGGCGUGGGCGGAGUCACAGGAGCAGGCGGCUCGUCUUCCAGCGUGGGCGAAGUCACAGGAGCAGGCGGCUUGUCUGCCGGCGUGGGCGGAGUCACAGGAGCAGGCGGCUCGUCUUCCAGCGUGGGCAAAGUCACAGGAGCAGGCGGCUUGUCUGCCGGCGUGGGCGGAGUCACAGGAGCAGGCGGCUCGUCUUCCAGCGUGGGCGAAGUCACAGGAGCAGGCGGCUUGUCUGCCGGCGUGGAUGGUGGCGAUGCUGGAGACGAAGAUGACGUCGGCGUGGGUGGAACCAGAGACGAGGAAGACGACGUCGUCGGCGGAACCAGAGACGAGGAAGAUGGCGUCGUCGGCGUGGGCGGAACUAGACACGAGGAAGACGACGUUGUCUGCGUGGGCGGAACCAGAGACGAGGAAGACGACGUCGUCGGCGGAACCAGAGACGAGGAAGAUGGCGUCGUCGGCGUGGGCGGAACUAGACACGAGGAAGACGACGUUGUCUGCGUGGGCGGAACCAGAGACGAGGAAGACGGCAUCGUCUGCGUGGGCGGAACCAGAGACGAGGAAGACGAUGUCGUCUGCGUGGGCGGAGUCACAGGAGCAGGCGGCUCGUCUGCCGGUGUGGGCGGAACCAGAGACGAGGAAGACGACGUCGUCGGCGGAACCAGAGACGAGGAAGAUGGCGUCGUCGGCGUGGGCGGAACUAGACACGAGGAAGACGACGUUGUCUGCGUGGGCAGAACCAGAGACGAGGAAGACGGCAUCGUCUGCGUGGGCGCAACCAGAGACGAGGAAGACGAUGUCGUCUGCGUGGGCGGAGUCACAGGAGCAGGCGGCUCGUCUGCCGGUGUGGGCGGAACCAGAGACGAGGAAGACGACGUCGUCGGCGUGGGCGGAGUCACAAGAGCAGGCAGCUUGUCUGCCGGCGUGGGCGGAGUCACAGGAGCAGGCGGCUCGUCUUCCAGCGUGGGCGAAGUCACAGGAGCAGGCGGCUUGUCUGCCGGCGUGGAUGUUGACGAUGCUGGAGACGAAGAUGACGUCGGCGUGGGUGGAACCAGAGACGAGGAAGACGACGUCGUCGGCGGAACCAGAGACGAGGAAGAUGGCGUCGUCGGCGUGGGCGGAACUAGAGACGAGGAAGACGGCAUCGUCUGCGUGGGCGGAACCAGAGACGAGGAAGACGAUGUCGUCUGCGUGGGCGGAGUCACAGGAGCAGGCGGCUCGUCUGCCGGUGUGGGCGGAACCAGAGACGAGGAAGACGACGUCGUCGGCGUGGGCGGAGUCACAAGAGCAGGCAGCUUGUCUGCCGGCGUGGGCGGAGUCACAGGAGCAGGCGGCUCGUCUUCCAGCGUGGGCGAAGUCACAGGAGCAGGCGGCUUGUCUGCCGGCGUGGAUGGUGGCGAUGCUGGAGACGAAGAUGACGUCGGCGUGGGUGGAACCAGAGACGAGGAAGACGACGUCGUCGGCGGAACCAGAGACGAGGAAGAUGGCGUCGUCGGCGUGGGCGGAACUAGACACGAGGAAGACGACGUUGUCUGCGUGGGCGGAACCAGAGACGAGGAAGACGGCAUCGUCUGCGUGGGCGGAACCAGAGACGAGGAAGACGAUGUCGUCUGCGUGGGCGGAGUCACAGGAGCAGGCGGCUCGUCUGCCGGUGUGGGCGGAACCAGAGACGAGGAAGACGACGUCGUCGGCGGAACCAGAGACGAGGAAGAUGGCGUCGUCGGCGUGGGCGGAACUAGACACGAGGAAGACGACGUUGUCUGCGUGGGCGGAACCAGAGACGAGGAAGACGGCGUCGUCUGCGUGGGCGGAACCAGAGACGAGGAAGACGAUGUCGUCUGCGUGGGCGGAGUCACAGGAGCAGGCGGCUCGUCUGCCGGUGUGGGCGGAACCAGAGACGAGGAAGACGACGUCGUCGGCGUGGGCGGAGUCACAAGAGCAGGCAGCUUGUCUGCCGGCGUGGGCGGAGUCACAGGAGCAGGCGGCUCGUCUUCCAGCGUGGGCGGAGUCACAGGAGCAGGCGGCUUGUCUGCCGGCGUGGAUGGUGGCGAUGCUGGAGACGAAGAUGACGUCGGCGUGGGUGGAACCAGAGACGAGGAAUUCUGCCAAAAAGGAGGGAAAAUAUCUCCACAACAGUACCUUUUCUCGAAAUAG